ACAAAGCUACUCAGCCAGGUGACAGCUGAACCAGCGGCGGAAACAACGCUGCAGGACAUAACCCACCUCAACUGAAUGCACACAGAUAAUUAGUAGCCAGCUAGCAGCGCGAGGAUCUCGUUAGCCUGUGACGUGACGUUACUACCAGAGCAGGACUCAACGGUUGUAUUUCUGACCAGGUAACGUUUGACGUUUGACAGCCACCGUCGAGAUGUCAGAACCGGCCGGGGAGGCGAAGUUAGAGGUGAAACAGGCGAGCAAAGAGGUGAAAGAGAGCGAAAACGUAGCGGAAAAAUAUUCAGCCAUGACCGUAAGCAAGAACAGCGAGAUGACCAUGGGAGAGCUGUCGUCCGCCUUCAGCGCUGUGCCCACUCACAAGCCGGUGAAAAAGCAAAUCCAGUUUGUGGAGGACAAGCAGGAGUUCAGCAGGUUCCCCACCAAGGCAGGCCGUCGCUCCCUGUCCCGCUCCAUCUCUCAGUCGUCCACAGACAGCUACAGCUCUGCUGCAUCCUACACGGAUAGCUCUGAUGAUGAGACAUCACCACGGGACAAAACACAGGUCAACUCCAAGGGCAGCAGUGACUUCUGUGUCAAGAACAUCAAGCAAGCUGAGUUUGGGAGACGUGAGAUUGAGAUAGCAGAACAAGAUAUGUCAGCGCUGAUCUCACUCAGGAAGAGAGCACAGAGUGAGAAACCAUUGGCAGGUGCCAAAAUUGUGGGCUGCACUCACAUCACUGCACAGACUGCAGUGCUGAUUGAGACUCUGGUGGCUCUCGGGGCUCAGUGCCGCUGGACUGCAUGUAACAUAUACUCUACACAGAACGAGGUGGCUGCUGCCCUGUCAGAGUUAGGUGUGGCCGUGUUUGCCUGGAAGGGGGAAUCUGAGGAUGAUUUCUGGUGGUGUAUUGACCGCUGUGUCAACACUGAGGGUUGGCAGCCUAACAUGAUCCUCGAUGAUGGAGGAGACUUGACACACUGGAUGUACAAGAAAUACCCUAAUGUAUUCAAGAAGAUCAGGGGCAUUGUAGAGGAGAGUGUCACCGGGGUUCACAGGUUGUAUCAGCUUUCUAAAGCUGGAAAACUAUGUGUGCCAGCUAUGAAUGUAAAUGACUCUGUGACAAAGCAGAAGUUUGACAACCUGUACUGCUGCAGAGAGUCGAUCUUGGACGGCUUGAAGCGAACCACAGAUGUCAUGUUUGGAGGCAAACAGGUGGUUGUAUGUGGGUACGGUGAGGUUGGAAAAGGUUGUUGUGCAGCUCUGAAAGCUCUGGGAGCCAUCGUUUAUGUUACAGAGAUUGAUCCCAUUUGUGCCCUGCAGGCCUGCAUGGACGGAUUCAGGGUGGUGAAGCUAAAUGAGGUCAUCCGCCAGGUGGAUGUCAUCAUCACAUGCACUGGGAACAAGAAUGUGGUGUGCAGAGACCAGCUGGACCGAAUGAAAAAUGGCUCUAUUGUCUGCAACAUGGGUCACUCUAAUACGGAGAUUGAUGUGGCAAGUCUUCGGACCCCUGAGCUGACCUGGGAGAGAGUGCGCUCUCAGGUGGAUCACGUCAUUUGGCCUGAUGGCAAGAGAGUUAUCCUUCUGGCUGAGGGACGUCUCCUGAACCUCAGCUGCUCCACUGUUCCUACCUUUGUCCUGUCCAUCACAGCCACCACUCAGGCCCUGGCCCUUAUAGAGCUGUACAAUGCUCCUGAGGGACGAUACAAGCAGGAUGUUUACCUGCUUCCCAAGAAGAUGGAUGAAUAUGUUGCCAGUCUGCAUCUGGCUACUUUUGAUGCCCACCUGACAGAACUCAGCGAUGAGCAGGCAAAAUACCUGGGCCUAAACAAGAACGGUCCUUUUAAACCCAACUACUACAGGUAUUAGUCUGCAAGGAGCCACACCUCAGCACACCUAAAUGUGGACAGUACUCGACAUUACCUAUCCCCGAGACAAAAGAAAGGUUUAUGUAUAUAUUGUAUUUUCUACUCUUCACAGGAUGCACAGCUUAUAUUUGGUUGUACACUUAUGCACUUAUAUCUGCUGUCUUCUGAGAUUUUUACUUUCUGGUGCAUCUAUUUCCACACUUGCUGGCUCUUAGGUUGUUUUAGAGUUCAGAUAGAUACUGAGUAAUGUUUCAUAAUAUUGUGCCAAAUAACUGUGAGAGGGAAGAGGUUACAGUUGUCAAAAGUUAAUGGUUGUGAAAUCAGUUAAACCUGCAUUAAGAGAUAUUUUGAUAUAAACAUUGUAUCAAAUGUUAUGUGUAAUGUUAAAGGGUCACGUGUAAUGCAGAGCCCUCAAAACUCUGAAGCUCACUGAGCUUUUUAGCCUCUUUUAGCUCAUUGUUUAUAUACAACUGUUGACAGCCAUUGACAGCCAAGUCUAGCCUAGAAUAAAACCAUCAUGAAGCUGAUGUAAACCACUGGUUGGUGAAGAAGUCAAGCUGCAUGUUUUUCCUUGGAGUAGGUGGACCAAACCAGAGCUAAAAGUCCAGGGAACAUUGAACUUAAAUUUGUCAGGUGGCCAGAAAUAUGACUCUUAAUUAGAUGUUGUUGUGUGUCUGCUGGACGUGUAAGUAGGCAAUCGUUUGCUUACAAAAGAGCCAUAACAUCUUGAUAAGCUGACUGUAAAUCAAUGCUGUGUUUCUAUGAGUUUGUUUUUCUGCCCCUCAGUGGCCAAAAAAUCACUUGGUGCAGCUUUAAGGUUUUCUUUCUGUUUCGAUGUGGCAGCACUCACUUAAUACAUUCCAUCCACUAGAUACAGACAACAUGUCCUGACCUCUGUAGUAUCAUUCACAUUUCUGCUAACUUUCAGCUGAUCAGGGCAAAAAAAGGAGCUUCAAUGCUUUCUGAUCAUGGCUAACAUGAGAAGAGAGCUUGGCAUUUAUUUUCUUGAAACAAUGUGUCCAUUUAUGAGGUUAUAAUGUCCGGUAAGAAUAGUAUCUGCACCUCAGGGCAUUCAAAUAACUCAUUCAAAUCAUUUGUAAAUAUAUUUUUCAGCUCUGCAAAGUCUGACCUGAGUGUCCAUGUCUUUCUCCUGAGAUUACCGUUUUAUCUGUCUAGAGUAAACUGACCACUGCAGCUAUGUAUAUUCUGUUUAUAGCAUACGCCAGUCACAUGCUACUAUAUUUCAUACAGUAUGUUUAUACUGUAUACGCAACAGCCUCCAAUGAGCCUAUUUCAUAAAUGUAUUUUCAAAGAGUUAAUUGUUAGAUUGGUCUCAGGACUCAUCUUUUUAAUAACAGAAUAAUAACUUAAUAACAGAAAUGUAAACUCAUAUCCCCAAAUGCUCUGGACCAAGACAUGGAUAAGCUCUGUUGUCAGCACAUUUGACAGGACAGUUGUGUUCGCGUUACCUAUUGUGUUACCUUCUGCUUUUGCACCAUUAUUAUAGCUAUUCUAAUCAUCGUGUUUCCUGACAACUUUCAUUGUAGCUACUUAAUCACUGUUUUGUGAGGCUUGUUAAAUGCACAAAUUUAUUACGCCACAUUUACUUCUCUUUAUGUCACCUCAAUAUUAUUUUGAAUUAAGGGCCAUAUUGAAUGACUUAGUUGAGUGAUUGUGAGACUUUUUUUUUUUUAAUUCAAACUAGAUAGUGUGCAGGAAGUUGUGUCUUGCUGAAUUCAAAGCUCCUCAACACAUUUUUAACAUGCUGUAUUACCCUCCUGGUGGUCUGCGGGCUGACCUUACUCCACACAGUUGACGGUAUCGCCGUCCCCGCUACCACCUUGAUAUGUUAAGACGUUGCUCCACAUGUAUUCACAUGGUAUCCAGCAACAUCACCUUUCACAAAACUUAACUUUCAUCCCCAGAGUUACAGGUGAUUUCUGUAUUUAAUUUUGUGGAGUAUUUUCAGUUUUGUUUGAACAUGUUGGUCUUCUGUCACAUACUCGUGCUGUUUUAUUGAAUAGUAGCCUUCAGUGGGCGACUAUGACGUGCUUUCAUCUUUGCACUUGCAGCUUUAAAGGGCAUUAGAGCCAAGGGUAUUUGAGUGAGGACAUUGGCAGCAAGAUGAGCGCUGUAACCAUGGUUACAGGUCAGUCGACAGUGCCUUGUGACUCACUUAGUAAUUUAUAUUCACACGUACAACUGGGUUUUUUUUCUCAAAGUGUGGUAAUGCCCAACAUGGUUGUUAUUCUGCAAUAUACAGUGAUAGCUAUGCAGCAACACACUCAGUUUUCUUCUUCUGUCAAAAGUAUUUGACCUCUGCAAUGGUGGAGAGUUGUGAAAUCAGUGUUUUGCAUUAUUCAAAUAUAUAUUACUGUAAUAUGACUAACAGUUUUAGACAUUAGUAAGCAACAUUUUAUAUUCUGUUGUACUUAUUUACUUUUUACAUUGAUUCUAAUGUAUUUUUUCGUCCAAGUUUUUUUCUUUUCUUGUAAUCAUGCAUCAAAAUUACUCACAGUGAUCUUUUCAUAAUGGCACCUGAAAAUGCCUUUUAUAAUGGAUUCCAUUUGCUUUAACUAACAAUAACAAACAUUUUACCCUUGUUUUAACUCUAUCGUAGAGACAAAUGAAUGUGUUAUUACUGGAGCAAACAGCUUGACUCUUGUCAAAUUCAAAUAUUAUACCACUGUGAUUUGACAGUUGUACACUGUUGCUGGUUUGAAGUUUUUUUCAUGUGGGGACAAAGUUCUGUAAAUUAUGUUUUAGUUAUAAAGUAGGCCUAUAUUUUCAACACUGUAACUGUAGUUUAGUUUGAAGAACACAAUUACAGCAGUAUACACCCUGUUAAAGUUAUGUGCACUCUUCCCUUUAAUAAACUGCUCUUUCAAUUUGAAAA